AUGGUUGGACAUAUGUUUCGAACAAGAGAAAAAACGCAGGCGCUGGUGUGUGCUGGGGUGCUAUUGGUGCUGAUAUGCAGUGCAGGCGGGAGCGUGUUUGUGUGCCAGGAGGCAGACAAGGACGGGUGCAGGGAGGAUUCGGGUUUAGAGGCUGGGCUCAAAAGGCAGGCGGAGCGGGAGGGGGUGCUACAAGAGCGAGAAGAAGAGUUUGGAGCAGAAAGAAGAGAGAAUGCAGAGCGGGCGGAGAAAAUUCAGGAGGAAAAUGCGCGUUUGAAUUCGGUGCUAGUGGAGUAUAAAGAAAAGUUGAGCAAAGCGGAGGAGCGCAUUGCGGAGCUGGAGGCGGAGGCAAAGCAGAGGGUAGAGCAUCCGGAGAAUUCCACAAAGGAGUAUACAGGUCUUUUGAGCACUGUGGAAGCCCAAAGGAAGCAGCUGCAAGCGGCGGGGAAGGAUUCGGGAAGGUCUUCGAGCGAGCCAGAACAUCAGGAUGUAUACUGGGAGAGCCCAUAUUUUGAGCGUCUUAGCAUUAGAACUAGUUCGAUUUUGUCAUAA